AUGGCAAGCGUAAUUGAAAAGGGGCUUGCAUCGAUAUGUUGCGUUACCACUUCGUCAAAACCAUGGGCGGAGGGCGAGGCCGAUGGGGAUGUGAAGUAUGAGGAUUUGCGAGGUCCUGGUGGUCGUAACACUUCCGGAUCCGUAAGUGACAAAAGAAUAUGCGUUCCCCAGAAGAUCGAUCCGAAAACGUUUUUCGCCAAUGAAAGGACCUUUCUCAAGUGGAUGUCGAUAUCAGUGAUGAUAGGAAUGAUGUCGUUAACACUACUGAAUUUUGGCGACACAUCGAGCAACGCAUCGGAGCUUGCUGGUCUGGUUUUGUUGCCUGUUUCAAUAUUAUUUAUGAUUCAUUCGUUAUUUGUGUUCAAAGAUCGAGCCAACAAGAUCUAUAUGCGGGAGCCUAUGCGGUACGAUGACACGAAAGGCCCCACGAUCCUUGUUCUUGUACUUGGUGUCUCUCUUGGAAUUGCGGCUAUUUUUUCCGUUCAGAAGCAAUACUACAGGACGGCUUCUUCAUCCUUCAAUGAUGGACCACGAUUUUCUUGA